AUGGUGCAGAAACUCAAAGAAAGAAAGGACCUGUUGUCUGAAUCACAACAAAUACACAACGAGACUUUUGAGGAAAUACAGACUGAAAGGGACAGAGUGUUGGCAGAGGUCAAUGAACUGUCUGCUGCCUGUGAUCGAGCAGAACAAGAACUGCAGCAGGGAUGGGUUGAGUUUCUCGGUCAGCAAACCACUUUGACAGAGGUGGUAGGAAAGUACAGAGGAAAAGCAGCACCGACUCCUGUACAAACCCAGCCUGCUGUCUUUCAGCCUACAGACACCCCAGUGCCAGUAUUGGGACAUGUGAGGGUCCAGUCUCUCCCAUCUGCACCAAUCCCAGCAGCACCUGCAUCAAGUACUAAUGCAGCAAGGGGCAGGGGUGAUUGCCAUGGUUACCAAAGGCAAGGGGAGCAUCAGUCUCAUGAUCAGAGGGUGACAUUUGGUGGAGAGGGAUCGGGACCAGGACAGUUCAUUUUGCCAUAUGGUGUUACAGUGUCAGAUGAAGGGGAGAUUUUUGUAGCAGACUUUGGGAACCAGAUAAUCCAAGUCUUCACCAUGCAGGGAGCAUUUGUGAGACAGUUCCCAACAGUCGUGUCAGGUGGAGAGAAGAUGGAACCAGAGGAUGUGGCCAUGGAUGGGGAGGGGAACCUGUGGGUGGUGGGGAACCUGUCGGUGGUGACAAAGCCUGCUGACUUUGCUGUGAAGUACAGCAAACAGGGCAGGAGGCUGAGGAAGUUUGACCUACAAAAGACAGAGUGGGACAGAGGAGUUGCCAUGGACACCAGGAGGAACCACAUCCUCAUCACACAAACCAUAUGCGGCGGGGGACAUGGUAAAGUUUUGGUGUACAGGCCAGAUGGGACACUUGUGAGAACUGUGGGUCAGCAGCAGGGGAUGAAGGAACCAUGGUACAUCACUGUGGACAGGGAAGGGAAUAUUUUUGUGUCAGACUACUACAAUAAGUGUGUUUUUGUGUACAACGAGGACGGACAAUUUCUGUUCCAGUUUGGAGGUAAGGGAAGGGGUGAAGGUCGGCUGAAGAAACCCCGUGGCAUCUGUACAGACAGGGCAGGUAACAUCAUCGUGGCAGACAUGGGAAACAGGCGUGUGGAGAUGUUUGACAAGACGGGCAGAUUCCUCAAACACAUCACUACGGACAUGACGGAGCCAGAGGCUGUUGCCAUGGCACCACAGGGACAGCUGGUAGUGACUGAUGUUGAGAAGAACACAGUCUCCAUAUUUCCCACCUACUGAACCUGAGUCAGGUGAGGAGCAAACUGUACCACUCUGCAGUCUCCCUGACUGAUCCUGUUCACAAACUUUGAAGUCGUUUUUAAGAAAUGAUGUAUGUCAAUAU